GUAGAUCAAUUCGAUUAGCACUUAGUACCAAUAAUUUAAUAAGUGAAACAUGAAGUACGGAGUCGCUCUUUUGUCGGUUGCAAUCAGCCUUUGCGCUGCAGGAAUUGUGGAACGUCAGCCCGAAAUCCAGUUUGUGGAAAAUGGUUUCAGUGGAGAGUGCACAACAUCCAGAUACUGGGACUGUUGUAAACCCACUUGUUCAUGGGUAGGAAACACCGAUACGAGCAUUGGCCCAGUAAAGUCUUGCGCCAUCGAUGGCUCCAGCGACAUUGAUGGAAACGUCCAAUCUGGAUGCGAAGACAAUGGAAACGCAUACAUGUGCAGCGCUCAACAGGGUGUCAUCGUCAACAGCACUUUGGCCUACGGAUUCGCAGCUGUUGCCUUUAUCAGCCCACCAGAGAACAUGUGUUGUACCUGUAUGUUAGUUGAAUUCAAUGGAGGCGGCUGGGGAGACUGUGGUGAGGGCAAGACCAUGAUUGUCCAAAUUACCAACACUGGAGGUACCAGCAGUGCCAACAGUACCGAGAACAACAUUGAAAUUGCCAUUCCCGGAGGUGGAGUUGGGUACUACACUCAAGGAUGUAAGAAGCAAUGGAACGCACCUGACCAGGGUUGGGGUGACCAGUACGGUGGAGUAGAAACUGAAGCUGCUUGCGACGACCUGCCCGCAGUAUUGCAGCCUGGGUGCAAAUUCAGGUGGACGUUCUUGAACGGUUGCUCCAACCCCAACGCCAAGUUCACCCAAGUUGUUUGUCCACAAGAAAUUGUCGACAUCUCUGGAUGUAAGAUGGACUAGAAAGUGUUUCAUAUUUGGUUAGCAAUUAAAGUUUUUUUAAUCGA